AUGUCGCAACGCAAAGAAUUACAGCAAGCAAGAAGAAAAGCAGGUAUAAAAUUUGAUGCUAAAGGUCUUUGUGUUAAAGUUACUAAUUCCAAAGGUCUUGGUGUUAAAUUUCUUUGCACUAAAGGUGCUGGUUUUAAAGGUCUUUGUUCUAGUGCUAAGGUCUUUGCGCUAAAG